AUGUCACCUCCGUCAUUGCAAACGCCGCUCUCGAAGCUGCUGGGCAUCCAGUACCCAAUUAUUCUCGCCGGAAUGGCGCGCACAUCCGGCGGGCCGCUUGCAGCAGCACUAUCGAAUGCCGGCGGCCUCGGUGUCAUUGGCGGUCUGGGCUACACUCCCGAACAGCUCCAAUCCAUCAUUGACGACCUCAAAUCCAACCUUCGCGACAAGAACCUCCCUUUUGGUGUUGACCUGGCUCUCCCACAGGUCGGUGGUAGCGCACGCAAGACGAACCAUGACUAUACACACGGCCAUCUUGACGAACUCAUCGAAGUCACAAUCAAGAAUGGCGCAAAGCUGUUUGUCAGCGCCGUGGGAGUGCCGCCAGCGAGGACUAUCAAGAGGCUUCACGAGGCCGGCAUCUUGAUCAUGAACAUGGUAGGACACCCCAAGCAUGCGAAGAAGGCGCUGGACGCGGGUGUGGAUAUCGUAUGCGCACAGGGCGGAGAGGGCGGUGGACACACGGGCGACAUCGCAAACAGCAUCCUCAUACCGGCCGUCGUCGACGUGGCGCGCAAAUACAAGAGUCCUCUGACGGGCGAGCCAGCUAUGGUAGUGGCAGCAGGAGGCAUCUACAAUGGUCGCAGUCUAGCGAGCAGCUUGAUGCAAGGCGCACAGGGUGUAUGGGUGGGCACACGCUUCGUAGCCUCGACCGAAGCUGGUUGUUCACAGAUGCACAAGGAGAACGUUGUCACGGCCGACUUCACAGACACAGGGCGUACUUUGGUCAUCAGUGGUCGUCCUUUACGCGUUCGAUACAACGACUAUAUCAAGGACUGGCACGAGAGGGAGGAUGAAAUCAAGAAGUUGACCGACGCGGGCAUCGUGCCGCUGGCAAAGGACAUGGACGAUGGCAAGGACGUGGACAUACCGUUCCUGAUGGGCCAGGUUGCGGGCGUGAUAGGGGACAUUAAGCCCGCAAAGGAGAUUGUAGACGACAUGGUGCAGGAGGCGGUUGAGAUGCUGAGGCUGGGCCAGACGUUCAUCGCGGGUCCCAGUAGCAAGCUGUAA